AUGGGUACAGCAAAAAUCAGAGUGCAACAUGGCAAUUUUGAUGGCAGUGUACCUCUCUUAAUGGUAGCUAACCAAUUAGCCAGUCUCUUAGGUUUAGACUGGUUUGAAUCACUAGGGUUAGCUGUUACAGACAUAAAUGCCACAUCUGUUUCAACUAACAGUUUUGAGCAGCUCACUGAAGAAUUUCCUGACGUUUUUGAUCCAGCACUUGCAUCUUCUUUGGACAAACCUCUUUGGCUUAAGAAUAUUUAUCAAUCUCUUGAUAAAAUAUGGAAAAUAUACAGCAGUGAUAAAUCUCAUAAUGAAGUAUCCUCCAAAGAGGAAGAGAUGUUCCAUCGGGAAAGCACAAAAGUACUAAAAGCAUAUCCAGCAUGCUUUUCCCAAAACAUUUCCCAAAAACAAGAUGCAACCACUUUCAUGAAUGUGAUAAAUACACGUUUCAUUGCUGCAAGAGGGGGCAGCCGAAUUACCCUUAGCUGUUAUUUUGGUACUCAGGCAAGUUGGCAUAAAGAGACUGAUCAGGGCAAACACCAGGAGAUUAUGAACAGCUCCAGAGUCCAUGUGACUAGAAAUAAUUCAAUUGUAGUGAUGCGGAUCAACAAACUCCAGAACAACGACAAUGGUAUCUAUCACUUUAAGAGCAAGAACUCAUUGAAGGCGACAUGUGGUACUGAACUCAAAGUCAUGGGUAUCAGCACCUAUGAGCAAGUGCAGAGUCGGCACAACGUGAAAGAUGCUAUCAUCUUAAUCCAGACAAUUCUUCUUGUCCUUUUUGUGAGCAUACCUGUGUUGCUAACCCAAGGGAAGGUGAGUGAAUGGAAUAGUCAUAAUCGUUCAGGGCUGAUGGUUGAACUAGCUGAUACGUAUGAAGACAUUGGGGUUUACCAAGACAGACCAGAGAAGUGGGAUUUUGGAGAACAUCUGUGUGAAGAACAAAAAGGCUAG